AUGAGAUUGCAAUUUGUUACCCUGUUGUUCUUGAUUGCAUUUGCAGGUACAAAUGCACUCAAACAAGCUCUUGAUCCGAAAACAAAGGUCUUGACUGUAGCCGAAACACCAGAAAUCAACAAGAAUGAAUCUGUUGAGGUCAAUUCACCAGUCGAAGAGGAACUAGACGAGAUCAUACUUGAAGAUGAUGACGACACCGCUCCUACUCUCAUGAAACGCGGAAAGGGAAAAGGAAGAUGGAAAGGAGGAAAAGGAUACAAACGUGGUCGUUGGGGUGGCGGAAAGCCAUGGAAGUAUGGUCCAAACGGCGGUUAUUAUCAAAAUGGUGGUUAUUAUGGCGGCGGUCGUUGGAGCAGAAAGCCAUGGAAAUACGGCCGGUAUGGAAAAUACGGUCCUUAUGGAAAGUAUGGUGGCGGUAAUUGGAAUAACAACGGGCCUGGUUGGAAUAAUGGACCUGGCUGGAACAACGGUCCGAACAACGGUCCGGGUCCUGAUAACUGGGAUUAG